CGCGCUGCGAAGCCGGCCGGAAGCGACGGGGCGGGACGGGGACAGGUGAACUUGGGUUCGUCUUCGUUCCCUCGCGCCGCCGGACACCGGGCAGGCCCCGGCACCAUGAAGAUCUGGACGUCCGAGCACGUUUUUGACCACCCAUGGGAAACCGUUACUACCGCUGCCAUGCAGAAAUACCCAAACCCGAUGAACCCCAGCGUGGUUGGCGUUGAUGUGCUCCACCGACAUAUAGAUCCUUCUGGAAAGCUGCACAGCCACCGGCUUCUCAGCACCGAGUGGGGCCUGCCCUCCAUUGUGAAGUCUCUUAUUGGUGCAGAAAGAACCAAGACGUAUGUGCAGGAGCACUCUGUGGUUGACCCUGUGAGGAAGACAAUGGAGCUGAGGUCUACCAACAUUUCAUUCACUAAUAUGGUUUCCGUAGAUGAGAGACUUACAUACAAGCCACAUCCUCAGGACCCAGAAAAGACUGUUUUGACCCAGGAAGCCGUAAUCACUGUGAAAGGUGUCAACUUGAGCAGCUCCCUCGAAGGACUGAUGGCCAGCACCAUAUCUUCCAACGCAAGGAAAGGCCGAGAAGCAAUGGAGUGGGUGAUCCGUAAGUUAAACGCCGAGAUUGAAGAACUGGCCGCUUCGGCACGAGGAAGCAUAAGGGCGCCCAUAGCGGCGGCUGCGCUGGGCGAGGAGUGACCGCGAGAGUGGGGGCGCAGCGGCCAGUCCCCGGGCUCUCCAAGCUGACAGCAUAUUUAUUUGUUAUUUAAAAAAAUACAAGUAUUUUAGGUAGAAUUUUUUUGUUUGUUUAUAUGAGGUGGGGUAAGGCUGUGACUUGAUGAAGAUAAAGAGAUGUGGGGUUUUGAAAUCAAAAGGGUCAUUCAUGUGAGGCUAGUGUGGCUUGAAGCGACUGAUUUUGAGGGCCAUGGUGCUCAUGUGAACAAUUAACAGCUUUUCUAAAGUACUUGUAAGAAAUCGAUACUGAUCUUGAGUCUCCGGGAGGUACUUUGCAGGCGCUGGCACUCUGCCUGGCUGUGGACCAAGCUCAUGAUGAAGCAGGCCCCCUCUGUCCACACAGUUGCCUUACUGCCAUAGCUAGAAUGGCAUGUGUGAGGAGAACUUGUGUAGUUUCAGAUGACAGUUUGUAUAAAAUAACUUGCUCUGCUAAGAACCAUGGUAUUUUGAUUUGGUACUUAAGUGAUAUUUUUGGAGUGUAAAUUAGCAUUAACAUAUAUAUGACUCCAACAAAAACAGUUUGUUGUAUUAAAGAGUACUGUAUUGAUUUACCAAAGUUUUGUCACUUAGUAAAAUUCUCACCUUUCUUGGACUUGCCCUUGUUCACUGAGCACGCUGCCGGGGUGGGGGCGUGGCACCCAGAAAACGAAGUCCUUCCAGGAGUGGAGUGGGUUCCGCGCCGGAGCUGCGCUCGUUCUUGUUGCCUUCACGUGCUCCGUAGAAAGUCGAGCCGUGUGUGGCAGCCAGGCACGUGUGCUUCAGUUAAGGGAAUGUGAUUACUUUUUUGAGGUAAUUGACCACAAAGUAUCACAUGCGAACUAUGUCAUGUGAGAUUGCUUGACGCAGUCUUGAUUCAAAGCCAGGUCCCCCUGGUGAUGGUGUCCCCACGGGGUGUGUCGCUGGGAGGACACAGCAGUGGGGUAGGGGAACCCCAGCAAGAGCUGCAGUCCAGGUUCUCCGCGCUACAAAGUACAAAUCCAGAAAACGUGUCUGUUCCACUUUCAAGCACGAGACCAUUCUGAGAGAGAUCUCUGGAGACUAGGGUUGUAUCUUUUUGGCAAAAGGUGAUUGGUUCUCACCUUUAUUUUACAGUGCUUAAUGUAACCAAUCUCAGGUGGGUUUUCCUACUAGAUCCUAGUUAAUAUGUAUACAUAAGGCCAGAAAAAGUAUUACUAAAUUUAAUUUGUGGUUUUCUUAAAAUAUUACUUAAAGAAUCUAAGAGGGUGGGAAUCUUUGGCUAGUUAUAAAAGCAGAUUAAAACCAAUGGAGUUUCUGAGGGUUUUUGUUUUUGGGGUGUGGGGGGGGUUUUUUUUGUAAUUGAAGAUGGUUUUUAUAAAUGAAAUGCCAUUGCAUCUUAACAACAUUGCCAAAUAUUGUACAAAAAGUGACUUGUAUAAUUUUGUGUUCUGAAAUGAAUAUUUCUGGAAAAGUCCUAUGCGGUUUUUUUUUACUUUGAUGUAGCGAUGAAAUUCUGUAAGCUGGUAAAAUAUAAAUACACAAACGAACUCACUGAAGAUUUCAAAUUACCCUGGAAUAAAUGUUAGUCAAUGCAGCCUUGAGCAUCUUAACCCUAUUUAAGUGAACUUACAUGAAUUUAAAACCUUUGUGGUUAAUAAAAACUUAAUUUCUCUAUGA